UGUUACAAGUUAAAAGUUACAUAAAUGAUAUAAAAUGUAAAUAUAGAAGAUCCAGUUAAUUUGAACAAAGAGUUAAAUCACGCGGGUUGUUAGCAUGUGACAGUGUCAGUCUUACAAUUUGACCUUUUAAAACGGUGAGAAAUACUUGCAGGAGGAGCUUCAUUUGACAGCAAGCAGUGAUUGGUUGAACGUCAUAUACUCUCUCUCAUAAUUCAGCACGCCUUCUUUCCAGAAAUACACUGCAUUGGGAUGCCGGUGGUAUAAAGUUUUUAAGGAAAAACAAUACCCGCUCUCAUUCGAGUUAUAGUCUGAGGGCCGCUUUCUUUUGUGCUUAUAGAUGGCGGAGGAGGUUUUGAUAGAUCCUGAGAAAACUAGAGGGCAUCUAACCUCAUCCCUGUUGGCAGUAGCAUUCCUCUCUUCCUUUGGGAGCUCCAUGCUCUAUGGUUAUAACCUGGCUGUGGUUAAUUCUCCUGCACAGUACAUAAAGGACUUUUUUAACCAAACCAUUGUGAGGCGGAAUGGGUCAGAAGUGGAUGAAGAGACUCUCACGCUUAUGUAUUCAGUCACUGUGUCUAUAUUUGCCAUUGGAGGCCUGGUGGGCUCUCUCACAGUGGGAAUGCAGGUUACCAGAUUUGGGAGGAAAGGGACACUGGUACACAGCACAGUUCUGGUCUUUAUCGGUGGAGGGCUGAUGGCCUUCAGCCGAUUAUGUGGAUCUCCAGAAAUGAUCAUUGUUGGGCGUUUCAUUACAGGGAUACAUUCAGGGAUAUCUCUCAGCGUUGUUCCAAUGUAUCUGGGAGAAAUUGCUCCAAAGAACCUCCGGGGCUUUCUAGGACUCGUGCCCAGCAUCUUCAUCUGUAUAGGAGUGUUUAUUGCUCAGAUUUUAGGACUCCAUGAGAUCUUGGGCAAGGAAGAGCACUGGCCUCUCUUCCUCUCUCUAGUCGUGGUGCCUACAUUCAUACAGCUCAUGUUGUUGCCCUGGUUCCCAGAGAGUCCGAGAUAUCUGUUGAUGGAAAAGCGGAACAUUCAUGCCACUAUCACAGCACUGAAGUGGUACCGUACUAAGUCUAACAUCCAGGCUGAGGUGGAGGAGAUGCAGGAAGAGCAGCGCUCUUUGUCCUCAAUGGAGACUGUCUCAGUAUUGCAGCUCUUCAGGGAUCCUUCUGUUCGCUGGCAGGUUGUUACUGUCAUUGUUGUCAAUGCUGGAAUGCAGCUGUCUGGAAUCGAUGCGAUCUGGUUCUACACCAAUGCCAUCUUUGAGAAUGCUGGCAUUCCUGUUCAACAGAUUCAGUACACAACCGUUGGCACUGGAGCCAUAGAGGUCAUCGCUGGACUCAUAGGGUGCUUUACUAUUGAGCGUGUGGGUAGGAGGCCUCUGAUGAUUGGUGGCUUUAGCUUUAUGGGCGUGUGCUGUGCUGGAAUCACUUUCUCCCUCAUGUUACAGGCUCAUUUACCCUUUAUGCGGUAUGUCAGUGUGGCCUGUGUGGUUGGAAUCAUCGCUGGAUUCUGCAUUGGACCUGCUGGUGUCCCGUUCCUUAUGACAGGAGAGCUCUUUAAACAAUCCCAUCGACCUGCUGCCUACAUUGUAGGAGGAUUUCUCAACUGGAUAUCAAACUUCACUGUGGGAUUUGUCUUUCCGUUCCUUCAAAUGUCAGCUGGUGCGUUCUGUUACCUGGUGUUCUGUGGUGUGUGUGUGGGGGUAGCAGCCUACGUCUACUUCAUCAUCCCUGAAACAAAGAACAAAACAUUUGUGGAGAUCAGUCAGUUGUUCGCCUCAAGAAACGCUUGUGAAAGUGAAAACCAGGUGCUGGGACCCGCUGACCAAGUCAGGCUCAAAAAGAUGAAUGGGUAUGGAGCACUGGUGCCUGUAGAUGUGGACAAAAUGGACAGGACAGAGAAAUAGUUGUGG